CUUCCGUUUCACUUCCUGUUUACCUCAGACUGAAGUGACCUGCUUCGUUUUUCAAAAGUGGAGUGUACGUGAUUAGGCGUGAUUCGGUGCGUACAGUGUGUCGGAGCCCGUUAUUAUGCUGCAGCUGUCGUGUUUCGUGGUGUUACUGGCGAGCUGCGUCGCUCCGCUCGCGGCGGCACCGACCGGAAGUAGCGACCUGUCGGAUGCAGGCCGGUUCUGGCACAUCACGGACCUCCACCUGGACCCCACCUACCACCUGACCCCCGACCCCACCAAGGUGUGCUUCUCCUCCAAAGGAGCCCCGGCCAGCCAGGCCGGCGUGUUCGGGGACUUCCUUUGCGACUCCCCGUACAGCCUCAUCCGCUCGGCGUUUGCUCACAUGGCGCCGCUCACCGGGCCGCGGGACUUCAUCAUCUGGACCGGCGACAGUCCCCCUCACGUCCCGGUGGACGAGCUCUCCACCGACGUGGUGAUCCAGGUGAUCCGCAACAUGACCCACACCAUCAGGCAGCACUUCCCCAACCUGACGGUGUAUCCUGCAGUGGGGAACCACGACUACUGGCCACAGGACCAGCUGCCAACGUCUACCAACGUCAUCUACAGAGCUGCUGCCGAGCUGUGGAAGCCCUGGCUGCAGGAGGAAGCUCUGAACACGCUGUCAAAUGGAGGUUUCUACUCCCAGCUGGUGAGGCCCGGUCUGCGUCUGGUCAGUCUCAACACCAUCCUGUACUACGGUCCCGACAAGGCGGUGGGGAACCACAGCGACCCGGCGGGGCAGUUCCAUUGGCUCGAGGCCACCCUGAAGAAAGCGGCCGUCAGCCUGGAGAAGGUGUACAUCAUCGCUCACGUCCCGGUGGGAUUCCUCCCCUUCGCCAGAAACAUCACCGCCAUGAGGGAGUACCAAAACGAGAGGCUGUUGGACAUCUUCAGACGCUACAGCCACGUCAUCGCAGGACAGUUCUAUGGGCACACACACAAAGACAGUGUGAUGGUGCUGCAGGACCAGGAAGGAGAACCUGUCGGUUCUCUGUUUGUGUCUCCGGCCGUCACUCCGAUAAAGAGCGUGGUGGAACCGUACUCCAACAAUCCGGCUUUCCGCAUGUAUUCAUACGACCUGACGGAUUUCAGCGUGCUGGACAUCUAUCAGUACUUCCUCAACCUGACCGAGGCAAACCAGAAGCAGAGCGCGGACUGGCAGCUGGAGUACGUGAUGACGGAGGCGUUCGGCCUGGCCGACCUGCGGCCACGCAGCCUCCUCAAGCUCGGCCUGAGCCUCGUCCCGGACGCCUCGCCGACCUUCAGCAGGUACUUCACACACUUCAUGGUUAGCUACGACAGCAGCCUGACCUGCCGGGGCGACUGCAAGCUGAGCCAGGUGUGCGCCGUGCUGCACCCGGACGGCCAGUCCUACUCCCGGUGCGUGGCGGGCACAGCCCACUAACAGGAAGCGGG